CAUUCUUGCGUGUGUGAGUCUCUCACACAUGCUUUGAUAACCGCCUAAUCCCCUCACUGUGACUCUCACAUGAUGAAGAAAUCCCACAACUCACUGCAGCCAGAGGCUAAACACUUCAUGGUUUCUCCACUUUAGCUCACAUGCUCCUUUGUUCAUUUUGGAGCAAAUGCUCCCCCCAUGCUCCACUUUAGCUUGUGUCAUUCUGACCAGCUAAAACACAGGGAGAAUCGUUACCAACAUGAAGAGAUAUUUCAGUACAACAAGAAUUUACUUGCCGUGGUCGAGGAGGGACACCACACAUAAUGAGUCUAGUCCGCUCAUUCCAAAGAAGGCAAGCUCGGAAAAAGAGGACAUUGAGGAGCUUGGCAAUGUCACCCCUGAAUUACACCAAGCAGGGCCAAACAACGGACAAGACAACAACAGCCCUGCAUUCACAAGCAUCCAACCACACUACAGAUAUUCAUUUAUGGACUAUUUCCUGAAAUACUUUCUGUUCCUGUGCAAUCUAGUGUUCACAGUUCUGGGCCUGGUGGUCCUUGGUCUGGGUAUGUGGGGCCUAAUUAGCAAAGAGUCGUUUGCUCAGGAAAAGAUCGGCAAUAUCGGCACUGACCCAAUGCUGAUACUUGUGACUCUGGGCUUUGUGCUAACUAUGCUGUGUCUGUCAGGCUGCGUGGGCGCCAUAAGAGAGAACUGCUCUUUACUGAAGCUGUUCUCUGCAGCAGUAUUGGUGCUCAUCUCAGGCCAGGUUCUGGCUGCCAUUGUUGCCUACAGUCUGCAAGAUCAGGUUGGAGGCUACCUGCGAUCAGGGAUGUUAGCUGCAAUGGUGCGCUACCAGGAUGAUCUGGAUCUGAGGUUCAUCACGGACGAGAUUCAGACAAAUCUGCAGUGUUGUGGGGCAGAUAACUACCGUGACUGGGAGCACAACAUAUAUUACAACUGCUCAGCUCCAGGAGUGCUGGCUUGUGGCGUGCCAGCAACAUGCUGUGUGGAUCCUUUGGAGAACGGCACAGUGUGGAACUCUCAGUGUGGUUUAGGAGCCCAGCUGCUGGAUGAGUUUAGUGCUCAGAGUGUGAUUUUCCUGGGCGGCUGUUUGGGGGGAAUGUCCCGCUGGAUCGAGCAGCAUGAAGGCCUGAUAGGGACAGUUGGAAUCGUCGUACUGGGCGUCCAGAUUCUGACUUUGUUUAUCACUACACGACUGUUAGAAAGCAUCCAAUGGCAUAAAGUUUACUUAUAACAUGGGGUGAUGAAAACAUUGUUUGCUGAUAUUUAUUGUUUGCUACGUGGUUUCUCUUUUGUAGUAAACAUACUGUACCCCUCAACCAUAAGAACAAAAAUCUUAUUUAUAAGGAAACUAAUUUCAAUGUGUCAAAGUGACAGA